UGAUUGUCCCUGAAGCAUGGUGAAGUAUCUCCUACCACAAGGCGCCUUGGAUAAAGAAUAUAAACAAAUAUAUCAAAUAUAUAUUCAAAAUUCAACAUUCAAUGACAAUUCAACGGGAGGAAAAUCAUGAACCAAUCGGAGUCUCAACAAAAUCUACUCGGCAAUGAAGGUGCAGCCGUAAAAAAUGUCUCUCAAGAUUCUUUGCACCUACCAGCAGAAUAUACACUCGGCCAAGUAGAAAAGCACUUCCUGCUCAGUGCAGAACGAGGUGAUUGUGCCACUGUCAAAAGAUUGCUGGAAGAGCACAAGGAUCAUCCGGAAAUUUUGGAUAUAGACUGUGUAGAUCCACUUAAUCGCUCGGCUCUUAUAGCGGCUAUUGAAAAUGAAAAUAUUGACCUUAUUAACUUGCUCUUAGAUCUAGGAAUUCAAGUUAAGGAUGCACUCUUACAUGCCAUUAAAGAAGAGUACGUGGAAGCUGUAGAGAUCCUGUUAGAAUGGGAGGAAAGGGUUCAUGUGGAAGGGCAACUAUACAGCUGGGAAGCAGUUGACAGGUCAUCAUCGACUUUCACACCAGACAUAACACCCCUAAUUUUAGCAGCCCACAAAAAUAAUUACGAAAUUUUGAAGAUUCUUUUGGAUCGUGGUGCUACCUUACCUACACCUCACGACGUAAGAUGUGGUUGUGACGAAUGUGUAACAUCGAGCCAGCAGGACUCACUUCGACAUUCUCAGUCUCGAAUAAAUGCUUUUCGCGCUCUGAGUGCUUCAUCCCUUAUUGCUCUUUCAUCUAGGGAUCCUCUCCUGACAGCGUUUGAAUUGUCCUGGGAACUUCGAAAACUUAGUCGAAUUGAGCAAGAAUUUGGUGCCGAAUAUAACGAAAUGAGAGAGGCAGUUCAGCUUUUCGCUACCUCUUUGCUGGAUCACGCGCGCACUUCCCACGAAUUGGAAGUGAUGCUCAACUACAAUCCCACAGGAGAUAACUGGGAACCUGGAGAGAGGCAAACAUUAGAAAGACUUAAGCUUGGCAUUAAAUAUAAGCAAAAGCAAUUUGUUGCUCAUCCAAACGUACAACAACUGCUCGCUGCCAUUUGGUAUGAUGGUUUACCGGGUUUUCGACGAUUAAGUAUGAUGGGACAACUGCUAGAAGUAGGAAAAUUGGGAGCCAUGUUUCCCGUCUACAGUACAAUUUAUAUGCUUCAGCCCGCGUCGAAAAUGGGGCAAUUCAUGAAGAAACCUUUUGUUAAGUUCAUUUGUCACUCGUCAUCGUAUGCAGUCUUCUUAAGUAAGUAUUUAGCAAAAAAAAAUUAACUUCGUUUAUCAAUCACCGUAAACUGUAGCUAAGCGACGCAUAUGGAGUAAAGCGGCACAACCUUGAUUCUAAAUUUUUGAAUGCGAUAUUUGUUUUGGGUGGAUUCCAAACUGGACGCACACAAACUAGACCUCUUCAUCAUCGAUUUUCUUAAACUUUGACUGUUUAUUUCUUCAGUAAAGAAAAUAUUUCACUUGAAAUAUACACAUUCUAUUACUAAUUAUAAAUGUUAAUACUUUAUUUUUUGUCUCAUCAGAAUUAAUACAUAUUUUUUUACUCAGAGAGAGUACUGGAGCGGGGAAGAUCCUUGGUAUCCAAGAGAUCAGUGGGACGCCUUUGAUCCGAUGCUUCUAUCUGAAGGUGCAUUUGCGGCCGGUAUGAUUUUCAGCUUUUUAAAACUCGUACACAUAUUCAGCGUCAACCCACACCUCGGACCCUUACAGAUUUCCCUCGGGAGAAUGAUAAUAGAUAUUAUCAAAUUCUUCUUCAUCUACAGUCUCGUCCUCUUCGCCUUUGGUUGUGGAAUGAAUCAGCUCAUGUGGUACUAUGCAGACUUGGAGAAGAGAAAAUGUUAUCAUGCUCAUGGGGAUAUACCAGAUUUUGAUAAUCAGGAAAAGGCGUGUGCUACUUGGCGAAGAUUUGCUAACCUAUUUGAGACUUCACAAUCGUUAUUUUGGGCGAGUUUUGGAAUGGUUGACCUCAUGUCUUUCGAUCUUACUGGUAUCAAGAGUUUCACAAGAUUUUGGGCACUUCUCAUGUUUGGUUCAUACUCCGUGAUUAACAUCAUCGUGCUCCUGAACAUGCUCAUCGCCAUGAUGUCGAACUCCUACCAAAUCAUCUCGGAAAGGGCAGACACAGAAUGGAAAUUUGCAAGAAGUCAUUUGUGGAUGAGUUAUUUUGAAGAUGGUGAUACUGUGCCACCACCUUUUAACAUGGUACCAACAGCUAAGAAUUUUAAUAGAAUAAUCAAAUGUGGAAAUGCAGGUCACUCAUCCAGAUCUAUAAUCAAAAAAUCAAGAGAAAAGGCAAAGGAAAGACACGAUAUUGUGAUGCGAUUACUCAUUCGGCGGUACGUUACGGCUGAGCAGAGAAAACGAGAUGAUUUUGGAAUUACAGAAGACGACGUGAUGGAAAUUCGACAGGAUAUAUCAACUCUGCGAUACGAGUUGAUUGAUAUUCUUCGAACAAAUGGAAUGCAAACUCCAAAUGUCGACAAGACAGAAGCAGCUUUAUCUGGAAAGAAAGGACGAGUGAUGGAGAGACGACUCCAGAAGGACUUCCAGAUUGGACUCGUCGAAGGAAUCGUAAAUUCAGUGAUUCAAAGUGAAAAGGAGCCAAAGGAUGUCUUCAGCCAAAUAGCGAAAGCAAUUGGUAGAAAAAGCAGUGCUUCUACCAAAAAGGAUUGGAAUGCUGUUGUCCGACAAAAUACCAUAUCACGUGAUCUAAUUGGUAGCAAAACGGAGGCGAUGGUCAGGCAAACUAGGCGCAGUUUGAAACGUCAUAUUCGCAUGUUCCCGGAUUCCGAUUUAGCUUCACUUGAUCCUGAUCGCUUACUUACUUACAAUCCAAACCUCGCCGACGUUACACCACUUACCAGGAUAGCCUACGCGAAGUUCAUUAUGGGCAAAAUCAACAAAUCUGAGGCAGCAAGUUUUGAAGGUGGUUCCCCUCCGAAUACUGAUGGUGUACAAGGAAGAGUAACUUCUUCAAAGAGGAGGUUAAUAUCCUCUCAAAGACCAAGUAAAGUUUCCCUAGUGGAGGCAGUGAAAAAAUCGACUCCAACCAGCUCAAUGAAGAAAGGUUUACCGAUAACUGAUGAUGAAAUGGCAAAUCUAGAUGUACUCGAAUUAGAUCAUCGUUCUCCAUCUCCGAUUCCGGAAGAUCCUCGAGAAGAUGAAACUCAAAAAAAUACGCAGUUGAAGCAAAAUUCUUCUGAAAGUGAAAAACCUUCUACGUCAAAACAGCAACCUGAAAGUGAAAAAUCUUCAACACCGAAACAACAAUCCGAAAGUGAAAAAUCUUCAACACCGAAACAGCAAUCUGAAAGUGGAAAAUCUUCAACGCCGAAACAGCAAGCUGAAAGUGGAAAAUCUUCGACACCGAAACAGCAAGCUGAAAGUGGAAAAUCUUCGACACCGAAACAGCAAUCUGAAAGUGAAAAAUCUUCUACUCCGAAGCAGCAAUCUGAAGGUGAAAAAACUCCAACAUCGAAAGCACCGUCUGUGAAGGAUGAAACGGAAGAUGAAAAGAAUAAAAGAGAAGAGGAAGAGAAGAAACAAGAGGAGGAAAAAAAUUUGAAAAAGAUAAAAGAGGAAAAGAAGAAAGCUGAAAAGCAAGGGAAUAAACCUCCUCCAAAAGGACCACCACCUGCAGACGAUUCAGCAUUGACGACAACUAAACUUCGGGGAAAAUCGAAAGCAACUGGCCAAAUAAUGGGCGGAUGGAUUUAAAAUUCACAAUAAAGUGUUCCCUUCUUUUUUCUACAUAAACCCAGAAAAAGAGAAUCGAUUAAAUGGCAAAUAUCUGAAUCAGAGAAUUAAAGAGAGGCAAUGCAUACUAAUUGUGCUCUAUUGGUAAUUUCGUUUUAUCGAUAACGCGCUCUAUCGGUGAUUGCGCUCUAAUAUCGUUGAACUCUUUUUAUUUCUUAUUCAUCGGAAGCAUCAGAACCAUAUUUACCAACUGAGUUUCUCAUAUUUCAGAAACCUCACCCAGGAAAACAAAAUGGAUUGAAUGGGAAUUAUUUUAAUGGGAGAAAUUGAGAAAACCAAUUUUGGCAAAUUUGAAUCAUUUUAAUCGGCUAACAUACAGCCACCAUCAGUUCAAGCAAAUCUCCUAGAAUUAUUUUCAGACGCUGUUUCAGUGGCUUCUAAAAACAAAAACAAGUUUCUGUUCAUUUUCUGUGAUAAAAAAAUUUGAUUCAAGUUAUUAAAAUUUUAAACUUUCAUACGUGAAGAAACCUCUAAUUUAGAUAUUGAAUACUUAACUAUAAAAUAAAAGCAUUUUAAAUAUUAUAUGUAUAACUCUUAUAAAUUUAAGUAUUUGGCAUUAAAAUUCAAAUAUUUGCAAUUCAUAAAUUCAUGAGACAAUUUUUAAAUAUGUCCCGUGGCUUAAAAAUUGGUUCUUCGGGGUUCUGUAGAUCGGUGAUUACGAAUCUGAAGUCAAAAAUAAAAAAAUUCGAAAUUCCGGAUCCAAUAUGGCAGCCAACAAAUUAAAAUAUUAGUCUCGUGGCUUUAAAAUGUGUCCUCAGGUAAUUUUAGAUCUUUUAAUGGCAAAUCUGAAGUCAAAAUUCAAAAUUGCAUAUAAAAUAAUAACUAUUAAAUUAUUUUCUAUCACACUGCAUCCACUAUUUUCAAUUUAUUUAUUUUUGCUAUAGAUUUGUAAGCAGCGACCCAAAAAUCACCUGAGACCAUUUUCAAUUAAUUUUUUUUAUAAUUUUGACACAAAAUUCGUAAUCGGCGACCCGAAAAAAACUUGAGGACCCAUUUUAAAACCACGGAUAUGAUUUUUUAAUUUUUUUUGUCCGUCACACUGGAUUCUCCAUUUGAAACUUUGUAAAUUUCUAAACUACUUUAAAUGUUAUACUUUAAUUUUCAUUUAAAUCAUUUCAAGGAAUUUUCAAGACAUUACAAAAUUUAAAGAAUUUCCUAGAAGUGUAGUCAUUUUAGAAAACUCAAAAAAAUUGUAUGUGGCUUUAAAGAAUCUAUGAGAAGCCCUUUAAACAUUCCAAGAGAUUUUCAAAGCAUUUUAACGAAAUAAUAAAAUUUUCAAAGAUUUUCAUUAUCUUAAGUGAUUUUAAAAGCUCUCAAGGUAUUUCAAUAGACUUUCCAGCAUCUAAGGAAAUAUCAGAUUUCAGGGAAUUUCAUGGAUAUUUCAAGGGAGUUUAUAAGAUUUGAAGUGACUUAAUGAUAUUACAGAAAACCUUUAUGAGAAAAUAAUGUUAACAAUUUGAAAUAAUUGUUGUAAAAAAUAGAGAACUACAAAAUAAAUACAAAAUUUAAAAAGGGAUAAAUGAUUUAAAAUACUGCAAUAGAUUUCAACAAAUUUCAAAGAAAUUCACAGGAUCAAGUGAUUUAAAAAUAUUUGCACGAAUUUCAAGGAAAAAAUUGAGAGGAUUUUCACGUGUCCAAGUUAUCUUGAAAGAUUUCAUAUUAUUUCGGAACAUUUACAAUUUUCAAGGGAUGCUGAAGAAUCUCACCAAAUUUAAAGGUUUUUAUAGGACUUCCAAUCGUUUCCAAAAUUGUAAGCGAUUUGACCAAUUUCAGAGGCCUUCCAUGGAUUUUUACAGAACUUUUAAGAAUAAAUUUUGUAAGCAAGUUAACAAUAAUUAAUCAUUUUUACAAUUUUUCUCCAUUUUCUGCUUAAAAAAAGGGAUUCCGCACUUGAUUAUUAUUUGUCAUUGUUUUUAAUGAGAAGAACAUUUAUGAGCAUCUGAUUGAAAAUUAUUAUACAACCUGAUAGAAAUUCUCCGAUUCAAAUAUUUUCCAUUCAACCGAUUUUUUUCUGCGAAUCAUUUCAGAA